UAUUUUUUGAUAAGAACUCAGUGAUAUAUCCCGCGCGGUUCUCUCACUUUCGCACCAUAAAAUAAGAUUCAAAGAAAUAAAAAGUAACCAAAAAAAAUCAUGAAAUUAGUGAGCGGAUUUCCAUUGCUGAUCCAGCAAUUCACGGCGUUGUUCAAGAAGAACCUGUUGCUCGCAUGGCGGAACAAGUGGGGGACCUGCGUGCAGCUCUUCUCUUCCUUCUUCUUCAUCUUCCUCAUCUUCUGCAUCCAGAAGGCCCUCGAGGCUCGCUCCGCCUCCUCCACCGACUACAAGAGCAUCGAAGACCCUGCGCCUCUCGUUUCGCCGCCGAUCCCUCCCUGCGAGGAAAAGUUCUUCGUCAAACAACCCUGCUACGACUUCGUCUGGAGCGGCGAUGGGAGCUCUAAGAUUCGGAACAUCGUCACCGCUAUCAUGACCAAUAACCCCGGCAGGCCCAUUCCGGAGACCAAGGUGAAAUCGUUUAGAACAAGUGCUGAUGUUGAUGAAUGGCUAUCUAAUAAUCCAAUGACUUGCCCAGGAGCUUUGCAUUUUUCGGAGAGAGAGGCCACUGUAAUUAGCUAUGGCAUACAGACUAAUUCUACUGCUGUUGCAAAACGAAAGCAAUAUGAGGAGCGUACCUUCAAGUUUCAAAUUCCGCUUCAGAUUGCUGCCGAGCGUGAGAUUGUUAGGUCUCUGAUUGGAGUUCCAAAUUUUAGCUGGGAUGUUUCAUUCAAGGAAUUUGCACACCCUGCGCGAGAGUUGUACUCUGCAAUUAAACAAGUUGGACCAACCUUUUUCCUUGCAACUGCCAUGUUUGGUUUUGUGUUUCAAAUGUCUUCUUUGAUCGUCGAGAAAGAACUAAAGCUUCGAGAGGCAAUGACAAUGAUGGGUCUUUAUGAUACUGCAUACUGGCUCUCUUGGCUCACAUGGGAGGGAAUUAUGACACUUCUCUCAUCACUUUUCAUAGUUCUCUUUGGAAUGAUGUUUAUGUUUGAUUUUUUCCUGCAUAACAAUAUUCUGGUCUUAUACCUGGUCUUCUUUCUUUUCCAACUCAAUAUGGUUGGUUUUGCCUUCAUGUUGUCAGCCUUCGUAAGCAAGGCAUCUUCAUCCACAACUGUGGGUUUCACCAUAUUUAUUCUUGGCUUUCUAUCCCAGCUUGUUACAACAGCAGGAUUUCCAUAUGGAAGUGGCUUCUCUAAAACCUCUCGAUUCCUCUGGUCAUUAUUCCCACCUAAUCUUCUUGCCAAAGCUCUGAAGAUACUUGCUGAUGCAACAUCCACUCCUCAAGAUCGUGGGAUUAGCUUGAGUGGAAUAACAGAGUGUGGACCAAAUGAAUUCGAUUGUGUUAUAACUCUUAGUGACAUUUAUAAAUGGCUAAUGGCGACGUUCGUCAUCUGGUUUGUUUUGGCUAUCUACUUAGAUAAUAUCGUCCCAAAUGCAUCUGGUGUCAAAAAACCAGUGUAUUAUUUUUUAACACCUGGGUACUGGAUAGGGAUAGGUGGAAACAAAGUGAAAGAGGGUGACAAUUAUAGUUCAGCUCCACCACUGGAUGGUAGCACUCCGGAUGAUGUAGAUGUCCUUGAAGAGGAGAACGUUGUAAAACAACAAGCUAGGGAUGGCGCUGUUCUUCCAAACAUUGCAGUUCAGAUACGUGGCCUUGUGAGGACAUAUCCUGGGACCAGAAAAGGUGGUUGUUGCUGCUGUGGCAAGAAAACUGCACCUUACCAUGCUGUCAAGGGUUUAUGGGUGAACUUUGCCAAGGAUCAGUUAUUUUGUCUACUUGGACCCAAUGGAGCUGGGAAAACCACGACAAUCAGUUGUUUAACAGGCCUUGCUCCUGUUACUGGAGGAGAUGCAUUGAUUUAUGGUCAUUCUGCCCGAAGUUCCGUUGGUAUGGCAAAUAUUCGAAAAAUUAUAGGAGUUUGUCCGCAGUUUGAUAUUCUUUGGAGUGCAUUGACUGGGCAAGAGCACCUCCAACUGUUCGCUACUAUUAAAGGCCUACCUCAAUCUUCAAUAGAAUCGGUGGCUAAGAAGUCAUUGGCAGAGGUGAAACUCGAUGAGGCAGCCAGGAUGAGAGCUGGUAGUUACAGUGGAGGAAUGAAACGUCGCCUGAGUGUCGCAAUAGCCCUUAUUGGUGAUCCAAAGUUAGUUAUCUUAGAUGAACCGACAACUGGUAUGGACCCAAUAACAAGAAGGCAUGUAUGGGACAUCAUAGAGGAUGCAAAAAAAGGGCGUGCAAUUGUCCUAACCACUCACUCAAUGGAAGAAGCUGACAUUUUAAGUGACCGAAUAGGAAUCAUGGCAAAGGGUAAACUCCGUUGCAUUGGAACUUCAAUCCGGCUGAAGUCACGGUUUGGGAGUGGUUUUAUUGCUAAUGUGAGCUUCAGUGGAAGCACCAAUUCAGUGAACACGCCUCACCAUGAGGCUGUGAAGCUGUUCUUUGAACGUCAUUUGGGUGUUUUACCUAAAGAAGAGAACAGCGCGUUUCUGACUUUUGUCAUUCCUCAUGAUAAAGAGGGGCUAUUGACGAGAUUUUUUGCUGAGCUUCAAGACAGACAACAUGAAUUUAAUAUAGCAGACAUCCAACUUGGUCUCACAACUCUUGAAGAAGUUUUCUUGAAUAUUGCAAGGCAGGCUGAGCUAGAAGCUGCCAUAACUGAGGGGAGGCUGGUUACUCUCACUUUAACAUCUGGAGCCUCAUUUGAUAUACCAGUGGGAACAAAGUAUACGGUGAUUCCAGGAACAGAAUCUCCACAAUAUCCAAGAGGGUUUAUGGUAGAAGUUUAUUGGGAUCAAGAUGAGUCCGGUAAACUCUGCAUUUCUGGGCACGCACCUGAAACUCCAGUACCUCCUACCGGUGGACCGACCAACCUACAUUUUCCAGACCCGAAUCACAAAAAGGCUUCUUAGGCUGGUCACGACCAGUUUCGAUGGAGUUGUGAUUUUGGUUACAGUUGACAGCAGUACAUUUUUUUUUUUUUGUAAAUUUGAUGAGCACGGCCACUGUAAGUGUUAGCUUUGAUUUAGAUUAUCGACCCCAUUUUUUUAACAGCUAAGCUUAAGGUUUUUAGAGCCAAUGAUUUGUCUAACAUGUAUCAGAACUCUGGUUGCAAGAGGGUUUACGACUUAAUUUCCUCUUGAUAAAAAAAAAAAAAAAAAAAAAAAAAAAGAGUCCAAUUCUGCCAUAUUUAUGCUGUGGAAGAAAUGCAGAGGCACAACAAUUGAGCAUACCAAAUCACUUGCACUAAUUUCAAAUGUCUUAAGUUCAGCGUAUAAAGCAUAACAAACAUGAAGGUGCACAUACACUGAUAAUCCCUAUACAACAGGCUACGAAUGGCCAGAAAUCGUAUCAUAAGACUGAAAACCAACCGUGUCUGAGUGAGUCUU